UCCAUACAGAAGUAAAUAAGAAGGUCGCGCUUAGCUGUGAGCUGCUAAAGUUCGUACAUCAGGCGGUAAUCAUGCUGGGACAGGCUGUAAGACGAUUCGCAACAUCUGCAGUUCGUUCUUCGCAUUACGCUGAAGGACCAGGAAAAAACCUGCCGUUUUCUGUUGAGAACAGGUGGCAUCUGCUGGCCAAGAUGGUGCUGUUCUUAGGCAGUGGCUUUGCAUUCCCUUUCCUUGUCGUCAGACAUCAUCUCCUGAAGAAGUGAAAUGGCUCCAAGGUUGUUACUCACCCUUUUAAGGUUAUCAUCUGGAACAUAUUUAUCCUUCAGAGUGUGUGCAGAAGAAUGGGAACCACUUAAUUGUCUUAGUAAAUAAAGUCUCCCUAAAAAUGAA